AUGGUUCAAUCAUCUAUCCUUGGUUUCCCCCGCAUGGGAGCUCUCCGUGAGCUGAAGAAGGCGACAGAGGCGUACUGGGGCGGCAAGCUUUCCCAAGCUGAGCUGCUCACCGAAGCCAAGAGACUUCGUCUUGAGCAUUGGAACAUCCAGAAGAAUGCUGGUGUCGAUGUCAUCCCCAGCAACGACUUUGCUCUCUACGAUCAGGUUCUCCACCAGAUCCAGGACUUUGGUGCUGUUCCUCCCAGAUACACCAAAUACAACCUCGACCCUGUAGAUGAGUACUUCGCUAUGGGCCGUGGUCUCCAACGCGAGGGUGUCGACGUCCCUUCCUUGGAGAUGGUGAAGUGGUUCGAUUCAAACUACCACUAUGUCAAGCCAACCUUCCAGAACGAUCAGGCUUUCAAGCUCUCUGCCACCCCCAAGGCCGUUGCCGAGUUCAACGAAGCCAAGGCCGCUGGCAUUGUCACCCGUCCCGUCCUCGUUGGCCCCGUCUCUUUCCUGCAGCUCGGAAAGGCUGACCGUGACCAAACUGUCGACCCAAUUGAUCUCCUCGAGAAGCUCCUCCCAGUCUACAUUGAGCUGCUCACUCAAUUGAAGGCUGCCGGUGCCGAGACCGUCCAGAUCGAUGAGCCAAUUCUCGUUCAGGAUCUUCCAUCCAAGACCAAGGCUGCUUUCAAGCCAACUUACGAGAAGCUUGCCGCUCUCGGUGACAAGAUCCCCAAACUUGUUUUUGCUACCUACUUCGGUGACAUUGUUCACAACAUCGAGGCUGUUCCUAAGGACGUCUACGCCGUCCACAUUGACUUGGUCCGUAACCCGGAGCAACUGAGCACUGUCAUCUCCGCUCUGGGAGACAAGACCAUCCUUUCUGCCGGUGUCGUUGAUGGCCGUAAUAUCUGGAAAACCAACCUCAAGCGUGCCAUUGAGAUCGUGGAAACCGCCAUCCAGAAGCUCGGAAAGGACCGUGUCAUUGUUGCCACCUCGUCUUCCCUCCUCCACACCCCACACACUCUUGCCAGCGAGAAGAAGCUCGAUCCCGAGAUUGCUGACUGGUUCUCCUUUGCUGUUGAGAAGGCCUCCGAGGUUGCUGUCAUCGCCAAGGCUGUCACUGAGGGCCCAGCCGCUGUCCGUGAGCAACUUGAGGCCAACGCCAAGUCCAUGCAAUCCCGUGCCAGCUCGACCCGUACCAACGAUCCCAAAGUCAAAGAACGUCAAUCCAAGGUAACUCCCGAGAUGUACAACCGCAAGUCCGAGUUCCCUAUCCGUAUGGCUGCUCAACAAAAGUCUCUCGCUCUGCCCCUCUUCCCAACCACCACCAUCGGUUCCUUCCCCCAGACCAAGGAGAUUCGCAUUCAACGUAACAAGUUUACCAAGGGCGAGAUUACCGCCGAGGAGUACGAGAAGUUCAUCGAGAAAGAGAUCCAAGAUGUCGUCAAGAUCCAAGAGGAGCUUGACCUCGACGUCUACGUCCACGGUGAGCCUGAGCGUAACGACAUGGUGCAAUACUUUGGUGAGCGACUUGACGGUUAUGCCUUCACCACUCACGCCUGGGUCCAAUCUUACGGUUCCCGCUGCGUUCGCCCACCCAUCGUUGUUGGUGACAUAUCUCGUCCAGCACCAAUGACCGUCAAGGAGUCCAAGUACGCCGUCUCCAUCUCCAAGAAGCCCAUGAAGGGUAUGUUGACCGGUCCCAUCACCUGUCUCCGAUGGUCUUUCCCCCGUGACGAUGUCCACCAAUCUGUCCAGGCUGAGCAACUUGCUCUCGCUCUCCGUGACGAAGUUGUCGACCUCGAGGCCGCUGGCGUCUUCGUCAUCCAGGUCGACGAGCCCGCUCUUCGUGAGGGACUCCCUCUUCGCGCCGGAAAGGAGCGUGAGGCUUACAUCGACUGGGCCGUCAAGUCUUUCCGCCUCUCCGUCUCUGGGGUUCAGGACUCUACCCAGAUCCACUCCCACUUCUGCUACUCCGAAUUUCAAGACUUCUUCCACGCCAUCGCUGCUCUCGACGCCGAUGUCCUCUCCAUUGAGAACUCCAAGUCCGAUGCGAAGCUCCUCAAGGUCUUCGUCGACGCAGCUUACCCUCGCCAUAUCGGCCCAGGUGUCUACGAUAUCCACUCUCCCCGUGUUCCCUCUGAGCAGGAGAUCAAGGACCGCAUCGAGGAGAUGUUGCAAUACCUCAAGCCGGAGCAGCUCUGGAUCGAUCCUGACUGCGGUUUGAAGACCCGCCAAUGGUCGGAGACCAAGGCAGCGUUGGUCAACAUGGUCAACGCCGCCAAGUUCUACCGCCAGAAGUAUGCCAAGUAA